UUCAGAAUUCGUGACGCUUCUCGUAUCCCCCAUCAGUCCGUAGCCUUGGCUCAAGUCAUAGGAUUAAGGCUUGGCUGGCUGCGUACCCAAGGAACAUCUUACUUUUGCCAACGCCCCCAGGCAGGUCGCCUUAUUACUUCUCCAGGUUGUACUGGCUUUGGCAGUGGUGCAGUCUGCUUGGGCAUGCUACCUCAUUGCUUGCUCGCUGCCCAAGGAGGGCAUCUACGCUGCACGCAGGGCAGGUGAGCUUGCGAGCAGGAUGCUGAAAACUCGGUUCAUGCAUUCUGAAACAGACCCACAUAAGCAGAAGAUAAAGCAGAUGGUCGUCAUGUCACGGGUUGACCUCUGCCGAACGUUGUUGCCACUUGCAGCAGGAUUGAACACAUGUUUAUUGCUCGAUUAUUUCGUUCGUAACCGACUCUGGGCCGUAUUUCUUUGGUCAUGGUACGGGGUGCCUUCCGAAGUAGACGCGGCGCAACACAGAAAUACGUGGAUGGUAUUGCUAUUCAGGCAAUUCGUUACGGUUCUUUGGCUUGCCUUCCCGCGCCUUCAAACUCCCAGUUGCAUUCGUUUCGGAGUAGUUUUGGUGUACGUACGCCUUGCAUUUGAGGCGCAUUUGCAGUGCGAGGGGGACCUCGCUGUUUGGGUGGCCGUUACAGCACCGGUUCGCCUUGGGGCCAGCCUCAUUCUCGGCGACGUUUUUGUGACCACAUGCUUGAACGUGUUGUUAUCCACGAUGGUCUUCUGCUUUCACACCGAUGUGUGGCACCUUAAUUACCAAGUCUACACCUGCGCAUACAUAUUCUGCGUCAACUGGGCCAUAGACUGCUUGCGCUACGCGCAGUUCAAGUCCGUGCUGGAGGCUAGGAUUUCCCACAGUGUGGAGGUCGCGGCGGAUGGGCUGCUGAGCCAGUUGUGCGACGCGGUGGUGCAUCUGGGAGAGGACAUGCGGAUCACGCAGCCGUCGCCCCACCUCGCGGCGCUGCUCCUCUGGCCGUCCUCUUGCGGUGGGAUGCGGAACGUCUCCUUCAUCGACCUCUUCUCCUGCAGCGCGGAGUCCGAGCGGGUGCGGGGGUUCCUCCUCCGCGAUACCCAGGGCGCUGACAUGCUGCAUGCGUCCAUGAAGGACUCCAACGAUGUCGACGUGACGGCUCAGCUGUUCCACAUCUGCGGCAAGGAUUUCGACGACCAGAUCUUCCACGUGGUGGGCGUGCGGGAGGACGCGGAGUCGUUCCGGAUGCCACCCCCGCCGAAGGAUGUUCCAGAGGAUGUUUUGCACGCCACCCCCGUGUGCUCCGAGCCGCUCGCGGAGCACGCGCCCUCCGACGGUGAGAGCGCCAGGACGCUUCAGCUGGGGAGCGACAGCGGGGACCUGGCCGUGUAUUUCAGGCUGUUCGAGGCCGGCCACCCGGUGGAGAAGUGCUCCGCAGGCUUCACCGUGCUAAGCGGGCCGUCGGCGCUGGGCACGAGGCUGCUGGAGUGGAUGGUCAGCGCAGAGAGCUUCGCCGAGCGCGUGCAGGAGCUGUGCGAGAGCGCCCUGCGCCAGGGGCGGGACCUGAGCACGGAGCGAACCGUACAGGUGAGGCUCAGGCCGCCGCACCUGCACCGGCUCGGCAGGGAGCUCAGCGCCGAGGCCGUGCUCUCGCUGCUCCACAACGACGCCGAUGCGGACGUGCAGCUGUGGACGGCCAAAAUGGAGCUGUACGAAACCAAGGUGGUCAGGAAACGCAGCAAGAGCGAGCAGGUGCACAUGCAGUUCAGGAAGAGGUCAGCCUCAGUGGCGAGUAUCGAGGAGGUCUCGGAUGAACUCGACUUGCUCGGGGAGAUAGACGUUUACUUCAAGGUGCUCGAGAACGGCUACCCCGUCACCGCGUGCUGCUCCCGCUUCGCCUCGUUUGUCGGGCUGCCUGAGGGCGGGAUCAGGUUGCUGGACCUGGCCGUCAACCCGGAGGACCUCAUCUUGCCGGCGCAGGCAGUCUUCAGCGCAGCGUAUCACAGCGGCGAUUUCACCUCCUCGCAGCUGUGCAAGGGCGUGCGCCUGCAGCGGGCCCGCAAAAGUACGAGUCAACUAAGCUAUGGCUUCAAAGCCACAGUCGCGCUCAGCAUGGACCACAAUGCCGGCUGUGAGGACGCCAACGAGUGGACGGUGAAGGCAAUACUGUCCGACGUUGUGAAGGCACCGCGGCGCGCUCGGAGCGGAGGGGUGCAGUCCGCCGCGCUGGAGGGGCACUGCGCGGGUGACCCACGGCCGGUUGGCAAGGGUCCGACUGGCAGUUUGCAGCGACGGCAGGUACGGACUUCUCACGCAAACCACGACAUCUAGCGGCUUUUGCAACCAAGGCCGAAUUCCCGUUUUACCGGCUGUUGAUCAAGUGAAGGGCCUUGGAAACCAACGCAUGUAAUGUCAGGCUCUCCGCCGUGAUUCUGUCGCGCUGCCGGCGGAGGCCCCCCACGCGCAGCGGGGGCCCCCAUUCUUCAGGGAGUUACGCGCCCCAUUAUUUCCAAUGACCUCUCGCGUUUGACCCGCAGUCGGUCUCGCAACGUGGCACCGUUGCCGACCUCGGUUUCCCGCCCACGGGAAUGGGGGUGGUGAACGAGGGAGACGAGGCCUCAUGCCAUCAUCAGUCUUUACGCCCGGCGAGCUGGCGGGAUCGGGCAUCGACACAUGUUGCUCUCCCAGACAGCCCCAGUGAGCCCUGUUCAGAUGUUGUUGGGGUUAGACUGGAAGCUGCGCAGCACUAUCGUCAUGCGCCACCGAUGGGACAGGGCCCCAGUCUGCGUGGACAUGGGACAGCGUCUUGUUUUAGGAUGUUCAGGCGCUUGUGCGCCAUAUUUGUUAAGUCGGGGACGGCUCGAAGCUUGUAUGCGUAGCAUCAUACAGUGCGAAUGGGGCAGGUCCCCAGGAGAAAAAAAACCUCUCAGUAUGUGUG